AUGGCUGUCAAGAACUGGAGUCCUGGGGAUGGAACGUUCUGCUCGUGCGAGCGACAUAUCAUCAGCUCUGAGCAAACAUGGGAAAUAAAAAUUUCACAACUGGUCAGUCGGUCACUAAGUGUGAUGCAGCUCUCCUUUGAAGACUAUGCCAAUAAUGAAAAGACAACUCAAGUGAUACGCACGAUAUUUCUCAAUGUUCUAUAUCCGUCUAAAGUCACAAGUCUGACUGUAGACGGACACGAAGUGAAUGGCACUCAUUUCAUCAACGAGGGUCAGGAGGUCACUAUCUCCUGCUCCUUUGACCCUGGAAACCCGCCUGUCGACUUCCGUCUGGUGGACAAAACUAGGGAACUUGCUGUAGGUGAAGGUCGUCUUAACUAUCCACUCUCAAUCCAGUGUGAAGAUAACUGGCCGAGAGUUAACUGUGAAGGAAACGGGUCGAAAGAGAACAGAACUGUGUCUUUUCUUCUCAAAUGUCCUCCUCAGUUUCUCGAUGGCGCCAUAAAGAACGUUAGUCUUCCAGCGGUUGCCGCAACAUUUCGAGUCAAAGCUCACACGACAGCAGUUGAGGGAUGUGUCUUGACAUCAAUGUCUUUAGAAGAGAAGACCACAAGAGCAGUCAAAUGUAUCCUAAAUGGUAAUCCGCCUGAUCUUGUCUUGAGUCUUUACCUUGAUACAGAAACUAGCAUUGCCCAAGGCAAAUGGAAGUUGAUUCUUCUCAAUGAAAAAGGCUUUGCCAACACAACGCUGAGUAUCAUCAAAAGAUCAGAUCUUGACGGCGGAGGCUUCAAAGAACACGGUCUACAGAAGUAACUACAAACAAAGGUUUUAUCGUAAAAGGGAGACUUACUAUAAUUUUAUGUGUAUGAUUGUGAAUUAGGUUAAUCCUGUUUGUUGAAAACGUUUCAUAUUAUAUUUACUUUUUUUCAAACUCAUAUUUUUGUUGGUGCAUUGUAUCUCGUCCAAAAGUUGCAUGUGACACGCAGCACGCCUAAGUGAGAUGAAGAUUACUAUGUGACUUUAGUACUUCUCAAACCAAAGAGUACAUGAAGACUAAAAGCAGUUAGUUGGACUAAAAAUACACUAAACUAAAGUAGCCCGCCCCGUCCGAACGUAUUAUAGGAGGCAUUCUAUUUAUAAGUGACCCACCUUGUAGUUUUUU